AUGGCACGCAGACCAAAAAGAGGGCGCAGCCCCAAAGGAGGAGGCCAGGCCUCUAUGAUGAGCAGUAACAUCAACCUGCUAAACACGAUCGUCGGCGCCGGAACCCUGGCGAUGCCUCAUGCCAUGUCGCAAAUGGGAAUGCUGCUAGGAACCUUUAUAAUAGUGUGGUCGGGGAUUACCUCUGCAUUCGGACUCUACCUUCAAGCCCGGUGCGCCCGAUACCUCGAUAGAGGCAGCUCGUCCUUCUUUGCGCUCUCACAACUCACAUACCCAAAUGCUGCUGUCAUAUUUGACGCCGCAAUCGCCAUAAAAUGCUUUGGAGUCGCUGUUUCCUAUUUGAUCAUUAUUGGCGACUUGAUGCCAGGAGUCAUCAGGGGCUUUAAUGAAAACGCGGACCGGGUCCCUUUCCUGGUCGACCGGAACUUCUGGAUCACAGCAUUUAUGCUCAUUAUCAUACCUCUUAGUUUCUUGAGAAGACUGGAUUCACUCAAGUACACGAGCGUGAUUGCGCUCAUCUCCAUUGGAUACUUGAUUGUUCUAGUUGUCUACCACUUCGCCUCCGACUCGGUAGAAAACCGGGGCGAUGUCAGCUACAUCGCUUGGAAUGGCCCCGUAGCCUUUCUCAGCAGUUUACCCGUGGUAGUAUUUGCGUAUACUUGCCAUCAGAAUAUGUUCUCCGUCAUCAACGAGAUCAAGGAUAACACGCCCGCCAGCAUCGUCGGCGUCAUCUCGUCCAGCAUCGGGUCUGCAGCUAGCAUCUACGUCCUGGUCGCAAUUACCGGCUACUUGACGUUUGGCAACACUGUUCUCGGCAACAUCGUCAUGAUGUACCCUUCGUCCGUGGCCUCGACCAUCGGCAAAGCCGCCAUCGUCGUGCUGGUCAUGUUCAGUGUUCCACUUCAAGUCCACCCUUGCCGAGCUUCUCUCGACGCAGUGCUCAGGUGGCGACCCAACCGUGCCCAGCGCGGUCCAGACUCUCCUAGCAACCGCUCUCUUCUCCCUACGGGGUCGGGACCGACCGACAGCCACGGUGCGCCUGCUGUGGCCAUGUCCGAUAUGCGCUUCGCGCUUCUCACGACAGUCAUAAUAGUGCUGGCUUAUAUCACCUCCCUCACCGUGAGCCAGCUGGACCGUGUGCUGGCCUAUGUCGGCGCUACAGGGUCUACUUCCAUCAGCUUCAUUCUCCCAGGAUUGUUCUACUACAAGAUCAGCGACCCGGAUAGUAUCCAUCACCAGAGGCUCACAAAGGAAGACGAUGACGUGGAUGCAAACGACAGUGACGAUACAGAUAUUGGAUUCGAGCCGAGCGGCUCGGGUAUCUUAGAGGCUGCUGGAAGUAUCCGUUCUGGCAUCAGUGCCGGCUACGGCGGUUUGUGGAGGAUGCGCAAGAGGUGGAGGUGGGACAUGGAGCACAUCGAGCAUGGCCUGUUGAGGAGGCUGGCGCUGUGCCUGGCCAUCUACGGCAUGUGCGUCAUGGUGGUCUGCCUGGUGCUGAAUACCUUCUUUACCGUGGCACAUUAG